UGGUGCAUGACGCGACAAGUGGGCGUGUCCGGCAGCCUCGGCCAUGUUCAUGAUUGUUUUCAUAUCGCGGCCGUCGAACCGGGUCGAGCUGCAGGUCUGAACAUCCAGAGCGAUGUCAUCCCCAGAAAUUGCAUCCUUGUCGUGGGGUCACAUGAAGGUGAAGGGCUGCUCCUCUUCAUAUAAAGACUGCAAGGUGUGGCCAGGAGGCAGCCGGGCAUGGGACUGGAGAGAGACUGGAACAGAUCAUUAUCCAGGUGUCCAGCCUGCUGACCUGGAGGAAAUCCUGAGGAAAGGAGUUGACAUGCUGGUCAUAGGGAGAGGCAUGAGCGAAGCACUGCAGGUGCCUCCGUCCACUGUGGAAUAUGUGAAGAAACAGGGUGUGGAUGUGAAAGUGCUGCAGACUGAGAAGGCUGUGAAAGAAUACAACAACCUGGCUGGACAGGGGGCUAAAGUAGGAGGAGUCUUCCACUCUACUUGCUGAACAUGACCUGGCCAGCUAUGCAGUGCCUUAAAUUUCAGCUGGGCAUUUUUAGGGAGUCAGUAAAACUGACCUGUGCUGUGCUGCAAAGAAGAAGUUUGCUUUGGACUGUUUUUGAAGGGGAAAAAAAAACUAAAUGGUUCUUUAAUUCUUUACAAAUUAUAGAAUUUAACAGAGAUACAAAAAAACUAAGUUUAUUCAAAUGGA